GGGAGACUUGCCGCGUCACUGGGAUGCGGUCGCCGGAGCCGGGCGUCUAGCCUACCGUAUUCGCUCAUAUGCCCACGCCGAGAGGGACCACUCACCAUUUCCUCCGCUCACCGAAGAUGGCGGCUCCAUCGCACCAAGACCAUGCGGCGCCACAGCAACCGCACUUUUUAGUGUUGUUCGACUUUGACGAGACCAUCAUCAAUGAGAGCAGUGACGAUGCUGUGGUGCGCGCUCUGCCAGGCCAGCGGCUUCCUGACUGGCUGAGAAACAGCUACAGGGAGGGGCACUACAACGAGCACAUGCAGAAGGUCUUGGUGUACAUGGCGGAGCAGGGCGUGUCUGAGGACUCCAUCCAUUCAGCGGUGGAGAAGAUCCCACCCACACCUGGCCUCGUUAACCUCUUCCAGUAUCUGCAGGGCUAUCAGCAGGACUUUGAGCUGGCCGUGGUCUCCGACGCCAACAUGUACUUCAUCGAGACGUGGCUGGAGUGUGCCGGGGUGCGCCACCUUUUCGCCAAGAUCUUCACAAACCCGGCCAGUUUUGACACAACUGGCCGUCUCGUCCUGCUCCCCUUCCACUCCCACUCGUGCCCCUGCUGUCCCGACAACAUGUGCAAGCAGGUGAUCCUUCGUGAUUAUCUGACGGGCCGACAAAAGGAGCGUAGUGGUGCUCCUUUUCAGAGGGUAUUCUAUAUCGGAGAUGGGGCCAAUGAUAUCUGUCCCUCUCUGGCUCUGGGGCCCCGGGACACAGCCUUCCCCAGGAGGGACUUCCCCAUGCACAGGCUGCUGCUGGAGAUGUCCCAGGCAGCCAAGUUCAAGGCAAACAUAGUUCCUUGGGUCAGCGGCGAGGACAUAGUGGACAGCCUGAAGAAAAUAAUGGAAGAGAGAUGAGAUGUGUGUGUGCGUGUGUGUGUGAGUGUGUGUUCCUAAACCGAGGCUACUUUUGGGGACACAUUUCAGACGUGAUUAGUGUGAGGAUAAGAUUCCAGGACAAAAAUGCAAGUCAAUGUAAUGUCCCCAAAAGUUAUCUCACUAAAAUGUGUGUGCGUGUGAUUGUGUGAAAGAGAAAGGCAAUGAGAGGGGCAAAUAUAGCAAAAGUGCACGAAUCCCAGUCCUGGUGAGCUGCAGGAUAUGCAUGAUUUUACCCCAGCAACACUUGGCACAAUCUGUAAAGACGUAGCCAAAUAGUGUGCAUCUGUUUGAAUCACCUGUUUUUAAAUGAAUAGUUUGAGAUUUUCUUGUGGAGUUAGAUAUUGUGAUAAAUAUGUGGCUGGUGUCAGCAGCUGGUUAGUUUAGCUUAGCAUAAAGACUGAAAAUAGGGGGAAACAGCUAGUCGUUUCUCCUUGUUUCCAGUCUUAAUGCUAAGCUAAGAUACCAAGCAGCAUAUUUUCUGUAGACAUGAGAGAGUGUUAUAGGUCUUCUCAUUUAACUCGCUGCAAGAUGUGAUUAAGUGUCAUUUCAAAAAUGUCCAAACUAUACCUUUAAUGCUAGCCUAAACACCUAUUCUCAUACUAAGUAAUAGGUUUUAGUAUGCAGUAUUAGAACUUGAUUUCCAUUUGAAUGCAAAUACAUCCCGAUCAAGAUAAUCAUGAUCAAUAAUGGAGAAAAAGCAAAUCAUGCUCUAAGUUCUGGUUUUUGAGUUUGAUCAAAAUGCUGAAGAUCAGAGUAGAUUUUAACCAAAGUUGUGUCUAGUGUGCUCCGGAGUGAGCUAAAUCAAAUGCAAUCAGCUCAUUUAACACACCAUCUCAUUCAAUAUGAAUGUAAUGUAGUUUACAUCUGACUAUCUCACUGUAUCUGACACUGUUGAGCAACCCUAGCCAGGAAAUUCGGUGUCACAGGUACUGUGUAGGGAUUUCAGUGAGCUAGAGCAACAGCUUGAAUCUACUCCACUCUCGGUGCUCUCUUGUGUUGACGGGCUUAUUAUUUUUUUUAAAACACUCAACACUGCAUUCAAGGACCUCGAUGAGAGACACAUAAGCAGGAUCAGGUGUUGCAGCACCGCACGGGACAAAAGACCACACAUGUUGUGUCAGACAGGGACAAGGACGGCAGAGAGCAGGGAUAAGGUGUCUCUGUCCACCACUCAUUACUGAUACCUAAUCUAGGGCUUGAUUAUACAACAGUGAUCUACACCAGCAUGAGAUCCAAAGGGAACGCUGUAGCCAUACGCUUGCACUUUGGUACAACAUUAUACCCUGUGACUCUGAAACAAUGGAAAAAAAGUCUAAUGCAAAGUACCAAUUGAAGAAUUUUAAUUGUAUUUGUGUAUUAUUAUUAGCUCGCUCUCACUGUACUUGUACCCUUUUAACAUUCACAGUGAAUAUUAGUAUUGAUAACAGAUAUAUUUAGAUUGAGGAGCAUUUGCAGCCUGUUUGAAUGUAUUCCCAGUAAACAGCAGUGUUGUGAGUGAGUGACGAUUAUAUUAAUAUAUAUUUGCAUACUCGACUCGACACGUAGCCUCAUUCUGCCUCACUAAAUCUAUGUCAUGGACUUGAAAAUAUAUUUAAAAAUAAGGAGCACUUGUAUAAAUUGAGAUGAUUUACAGGGACAUUAAUAUUUUGUUUUAAUUCAGGAAAUUGUGAAAUAUUAAGUCUUGAUAAAUAUCUUUGUUUUCCCAUCCUGUUUACAAAAAGCUGUUUGAAUUAUGAUUCUCAUUGGGCAUGCAUACUGUACAUUAGCUAAGGUACUAAAGCCUGUUUAAGGUUUCCAUGUGAGUAUACAGACAAGUUAACACUCAUAUUGGUCCUGUCUAGUAACUGUAGGCCAGAGGUAGAAUAAUUGAGUGUAUAAUUACAUUCAUUUUUUUAUCCAUACCCAUAUACUGAACAGCAAGCCAUUGCAGAUAAUAAUAAGAAAGUUUGUGUGCUGAUGAAAAGCCGUCAAAAAGAUAAGUAAUAAACUUGUUAAUUGAUGAAAAACUUCUAGCCUUAAAAAACAACCUUAUGCUGUAAAAGUGCUGGUAUUUUCUUUUUCAGUGUUUUAAUUUCUCAGGGAGUAGAAGCAAAAGUAUUGACAAGCAAACACAAUGAUAUGUGUUUAUGAAAUAUGUUUAUUUGCUGCUCUAAGAUGAUCAUUUAUGAUUCAAAAAGUAUUGAUGUUUAUGAGAAGUAAUCAAUGCAGCUGGAGUGUGAUCCUGAAACUCUUUGAGAUCAAAACCUAAUCCAUUAAUGCUUUGUGAGUAGGAGACUAAAGUCAUAUGAGUUUAUUAUAUAAAAAAUGUAACAGUGGGUCAUUUAAUUAACUCUAACUGUCUGUGUACCUGUAAAACUUCCAUGGAGUUUUGUGCAAUAAUUAAAUGCUGUAUUCUUGAUAUGAUGUAAAAGAGAAAAACAGGAAGUAAAACUUUUGAGGUUUUCAGGGAUGUGAAUCAACACCAGAUCACCAAACUAGUUGUUUUUUCAAUGAAACUUUAAAAUGGUAUUAUGGCUUCACAACAACCAAAUAAAAUGAUGCGUUGUUGGGACUGCUUGACUAAUAUGCUACUUUUUUCAUUUUUGUAGUUUGCUGUAUCCUGGGUGUGAGUGUUUGUAAUCAAAGAUCCAGUUCUGUGUGUAAAGCAUCAGUGUGACAGGAAUAUAAAGCCAUUAUCUGAUUAAUCUGUUUAUGUUGUGUUUCACAGCCGCGACUAUGAACUAGUUUCCUCUUGAGGAUCGAUGAGGCUCAUCGUAACUUAUCACUUUCAUUAAAGAAUGAUAUGGACAACAACGAUCUCACCUCAAGCUCCAUUUAGUGACUGUUCUGGAGCUUUCACAUGAGUUUGUUUUCACAGAAAUGUCAAAUUUUCAUUU